AUGACGCGGUCUUCCCUGCAAAGCCGGGAGAGUCAUGAAUCUCAUGAUCGGCUGUUGAAGAAUAGUGAUGACCAUCUCGAUGACUCGCGAGAUUGGGAAACACGAAUUGAGCAAUCUUUCAGGCAGAGGAUUCCCAAGUGCAUGUUUUUCAUUGCGUUUACAUCUCUCUUACUCAACCUUCUUCUGAUUAUCUCAUAUCUGUGCCUGUGGGCGAGAACAAGAUCACCUUUACCUCCCUGGCCUGAUACUCUUUAUUCUCCAGCACAGAGCGCAGUCCAGUACGAGAUAGUCACUUUCAAUUCAGAUUUCCCCGAAGACCACUCGGGAACGACAGACUUCUACGGCGCAUCUCCAAAAGCAGAAGAGGCGUGGAGGAGUCUAAUGAAGCCAUAUCUGGUUAAGAUAUCUGGCCAAGAGGCAUCACAAUUGUCCCGCCCUACGUCGCAGAUCUCCAGAGAUCCAGACUACUACAUUACCAGUCUUGAUGUAUACCACCAAUUGCACUGCCUCAAUGAUAUUCGGAAGAUGGUAAGGGACUUCAACUCAACAGAAGGGGGCCUGGGUAGGUUACAAACUAUGCACAAGUUUCACUGCAUUGACUCGAUUCGACAGAGUCUUAUGUGCAAUGCUGACUUGAGUCUGAUACAUUGGUAUUGGGCACCUCAGGUUGGGAAAAACUUUCCAAAUGCAACUACAACGCAUAUUUGCCGGAAAUGGUCAUUAAUUGAGGAGUGGGCGAUGAGUCACAGGCUUGAUCAGGAUGAUUAUGAUCCAAGAACGCACAUUGAGUAA